CUCUGGGUCUCGAUGUGCAUAGCGAAAAUGAGGAGACAAAAACUUUCUUCAAUGCAAUCGAGAAGUUUAGUGAGGUUACUCAAUUCAAAAUAACUAGACCUUGGAUAAUUUUAGACGUCCUAUACAACCUGAUAUUUCCAGCAGCAAAUGUAAAUACUUACAUAAGUAUUGUCCACAGCUUCUUCAGAAAGUUAUUAGCGGCAAAGAAAAACAGAGUUUUAGCAUCAAGAAAAUCAACAGAAAUUGCGGAUGAUGGACUGAAAGAGGAUAAAAAACAAGACCAUCAGGUUUUUGGAGCAAAGAAACGCAAAGCGUUCAUGGACUUGUUGUUGGAUCUUCAUUUCAAAGAUGCAUCUUUUACCGAAGACGACAUCAUUGAAGAGACUGUUAGCUUUUUCACUGGGGCGAAUGUUACAUUGGGAAUCACACUUUCACACAUAUUUUAUUGUCUUGGAUUGUACAAAGAUGAACAAAAGAUAGUUCAAAAUGAAUUGGAUGAAAUUUUUGGAAAUUCCAGCAGAGAUAUUGCAGAAGAAGAUCUUCGGUCUAUGACAUAUUUGGAGUGCUUUAUUAAGGAAACUUUGCGCCUAUAUCCCUUGACUUACAUAUCUAGAGAAGCUCCUGAAGGUCUCAAAAUUUAUGAUUAUGAUGUACCGAAAGAGAGCAUUGUUGUGAUCUUCAUCCAUAAGCUACAUAGAGAUCCUGAAGUUUUUCCAAAUCCUGAAAAAUUUGAUCCUUCUAGAUUUUUUCCAGAAAAUUGCAUUGGGAGAUCCCCAUAUGCAUUCAUUCCGUUCUCAGCAGGUCCAAGGAAUUGCAUAGCACACAGAUUUGCAAUGAUAACUCUAAAAACAUUGGUUGCUAAUGCUCUGAGACAUUUUGACAUAUUUUCAAUGGAUGAAAGAGAUAAGAUAGAUGGUAAUUCAAUGCCAGAUGAAAAGAAUUUUGGAUACUCCAUACGCAUGAAGUUGAAGCCAAGGACUGUAGCUGCCUAACAAUUUCUUGUAAGAAAAGUUUUAAGAGAAAAAAAGAGACAAAAUAAGAACUGUAUAACGCUAUUGAAAAUUGCUUUUCAUGUUUUCAUAAUGCUCGAUGAAUUAAUAAAUAAGAAAUUUCAAAUUAAUAAAAUAUUACCUAAAGUGAAAUUCAAUAUCCUUCU